AAAACUAAUAAGUUACAAAAGAAAACAAAUAAAACUUUAGCCGUAGAUUUCGUCAAAUGAAAUAUAAAAUUAUUAAAGCGUACAGCUCAAUUAACGCGUUUGUAGUGUAUAUAAAUAAUCACAGUGAAUUCAGAAAAUAAUAUAAAUAAUACAGUGAAAUCAGAAAAUUAGUGUUAUAACGAAAUGUGUAUCAAGAAUAUAAUAUAAACGUGCGGAUUAUAAUAAUCAACAUAUCGAAAUCCAUAGAAAGGAAUAAAUAUUAAUAAUCAUGGUAGAUAAAAAAGACAAUAAUAAUGUAUACGUGUACUAGGAAAUAAUAAAUAUACAAAAAUCAUAUAAACAUAUGUGUUAGACAGUGUCCUAUUAAGUGUAAAUAAUUCAUCAAUGUCAAUAUUAAUAAAAUGAUAAAGUUACACAAACUGAGUUAUACACAGAAAUGGCAUUUAUUCUCACUUGAAUUGAAGUUUGUUUAAAUAGUGUGUGAAUGCGACCUGGUACCACAACUUUCGUUCAACAACUACUGCAUGAACAAGAGUUUCACGAUGGUCAAGGUUUCUAUUAUGACGAUAUGGCUGAUGCAACUGCUUUGCAUGCUAGUGGAAGUGUCAGGACAAUCUCCGUGUCCUCAAUACUUCACAUAUAUAACUGAUCCUUCGACAAAUGAAAUAAUGGGACAAGUCCAAAUUCCGUCCCCGCCAAGAAACGUCGAGCUUCACUUGAAAGUUGGUCUAAGCAUCGCCGUUGCACUACCGACGAGAUAUGUUGGUCGACUAGAAUUGGCUCACUCGAAAGAAGACUCAGUUCGAAUAGUACAACAAGGUGGACCCUUAUUAUACCGCAUUCUCUUCCCUCUGAGUCGGCCGAUUCCGGUAUUGACUGGCAUAUGGUUCAACGACCAAGUAUAUUGCGUGGGUCCUCGUGCGGUAGGACCGGUCGUUACUUCCAUAGUGCUAGAACAUACUCUAUAUCCGCCACAGAUGGUACCGCUUUCGCAAAACACCCCUUCCUAUGUUCGACCGUCGCAGAAUACUUAUCAUCCAGUAUACAUUCAUCUACCAGAAGUACAGACGAUGAGGCCGUUUUUCACGAUACCGACAAUUCAACCGAGUCGUCGUCCUACUGAAUCGAAGAAAAAACCCCUUACGCCACGUCCAGUAACAACUGAACGUAUCGACCUCUCCGACGAGAUUGACAAAAAUAUUUUCUUAAAUCCUAAUAUUCCGCAAUCUCGACCUCAGCUUCAAUCUCAACCUCAACCCAGUCAAAACAAUGGUGACUGUGGCCGUAGCGUUAAUACUAAUGAAAUUAAUCCGUUGAUCUCCAAAGGGAUGAGCAUAUCGCCAGGACAAUGGCCAUGGUUAGUUGCUCUCUUUCUCGUUAAAAUCGACUUUGAGUUUCAGUGCGCCGGUUCCCUCGUAACCAAGAGACAUGUUAUAACAGCGGCGCAUUGUCUUAAAUUGAACGCCCAGACCAACGUGAACAUACCUCCUAGCACAAUGUUAGCGUCCGUGGGUCGCUAUCGGUUGCGCGAUUGGCGAGAAGCGGGAUCUGUAAAUCGGGAGAUCGAGAGCUAUAUGCUUCAUCCUGACUACACACAUCAGGGCACCGGUGACUCUGACUUAGCAGUUUUGGUUCUCCGGACUUCUGUCGAAUACAGUUCUACGAUCAAACCCGUCUGUUUAUGGCCCGGUCCAUCUAAUCUUCAAAACGUGGUGAAUAAAUUGGGAUUUGUAGUAGGAUGGGGCCGUGAUGAGUUCGGCAAUCCUUAUCUCGCGGAGCCACGAAUGGCAAAACUGCCGAUAGUCAGCCAGGAGGUAUGCCUAUGGAGCGAUCAACGUUUCGUCAGUUUUACUUCAAACCGCACUUUCUGCGCUGGUUUGAAAGACGGUAGCGGUCCAUGUAAUGGCGACAGCGGAAGCGGUUUGGUGCUCCACGAUUCAACCACGGGUCGUUAUCAACUGCGCGGUAUUGUUUCACGAUCAUUGUUCGACUUAAACGAAAUGACAUGCGAUCUUACACAGUAUGUUGUUUUCGUUGACGUGGCCCAAUAUAUGCCCUGGAUUAAUCAACAGAUCUCUAUUCCGUAACUUUCGCAUGAAUUUUGUACAUGUACGUUUUUUAAUAAAUUCAGAAAAAGCGU